UUUGCACAGCUUGGAUGAACUCGACCUGGUCUCACACACAGCGCAGCAGCCCGUCAUGGGAGACGGUGGCGCGUCGUCGCCAGUGAACCUCCACAAUGGCACGGGGAGCGAGGCGUCUGACUCACCGGGCUCCGCUCCAGGAGCAUCCGAGCAGUGGAUGGCGGGGAUGAGCCUGGUGAUGGCUCUAAUCGUCCUGUGUAUUGUGUUUGGAAAUAUCCUGGUUAUUGUGGCCAUAGCAAAGACGCAGAGGCUGCAGACGCUCACCAAUGUGUUUAUCGUAUCGCUGGCAAGCGCAGAUCUCAUCAUGGGUCUGCUGGUGGUGCCAUUUGGCGCUGCGCUCGAGGUGCGCGGCUCGUGGCUGUAUGGCUCCUUUUUUUGCGAGUUUUGGAUUUCCGUCGAUGUCCUCUGCGUCACUGCCAGCAUAGAGACCUUGUGCGUUAUCGCCAUAGACAGGUACGUGGCCAUCACCUCACCUUUCCGCUACCAAAGCUUGCUGACCAAAGCUCGUGCCAAAGCGGUGGUGUGCGUGGUCUGGGCCAUUUCUGCGCUAGUCUCCUUCCUGCCCAUCCUGAUGCACUGGUCCCGCGACAGUGUGGACACAGAUUGCUACGAGGACCCUGAGUGUUGCGACUUUGUCACCAAUAGGGCAUAUGCGAUCUCCUCAUCCAUCAUUUCCUUUUACAUUCCUCUCCUGGUUAUGAUUUUUGUUUACGUGCGCGUGUAUAGAGAGGCGAAACAACAACUAAAGAAGAUCGACAAGUGCGAAGGCAGGUUUCACAACACCUUAACUGGACUCACCUCCAAGUGCAAGAAGAGACCGUCCAAGAUCCUGGCACUCAGGGAGCAAAAGGCGCUCAAAACUCUCGGCAUCAUCAUGGGGACGUUCACUCUGUGCUGGCUGCCCUUCUUCAUAGUAAACGUCAUGCGGGUGUUUAGCGCAGAGAUAGUGGACAAGGACCUCUUCGUGUUCCUGAACUGGCUGGGUUACGUGAACUCAGCCUUUAACCCCGUCAUUUACUGCCGGAGCCCGGACUUCAGAAAAGCUUUCAAGAGGUUGCUUUGUUGCCCGAGGCAGGCCGACCGCAGACUGCACAUCAGCUCCUGCGACCUGUCACGGUGCUCCGGUGGGUUCGUGUCCGCUUUGGAGCCCGGUACACUGGAGAUGUGGUCAGACUGCGCCGGCUUAGACAACAGCGACAGCAGCCUGGUGAUUACCACAAAGCUGUCUCACUCUGAAUCACAGCUGUAAAAGAAAAAGAAGAAAAAGAAGAAAAUAAAAGAAUAAAUAAACAUUCUCGAAGCGGCAAGAAGAAAAGAAAGAAAGAAAGAAAGAAAAAACAGGCAACUUGUUCAUCUCUUUGGGGAAAGUACGCGCAAGAGAUGCAUCGGUACUUUCUCGUCUGGCGGGCCAUUAGUUGGGCUCAAAUGUCUGACCAAUUCUUGGAAAAAAGAAAAAGAAAGAAAAAUUAGAUAGUCCCUAAAAUUUGCUGGAGGUAAAACCAAACAUGUUUUUAGACGAGGAAGCGCGCUCUAAUCAGGAGAGCGCACGCUCUGGUUUAUUCUUGGUACAGGCUAUUGUUGUUGUUGUUAUUACUAUUAUUAUUAUUAUUAUUAUUAUUAUUAUUAUUAUAAAUAUGAUGGCUAAAGUAUUGAAACACGCAUUGAUGAUGAUUGUGAUGGGCAACAAUUUAAUCUAAAGAUGAUAGCUCAGACGUACUAUUGAAAAAAAAAUCUUUUUUUAAGCGUUGGACAAGAGCAAAGCAUUUGUCAGUGAUCAUAUUGUCAGUAUUAGCUCACAAUCUGUUUUUACCUCACAGGCAUCGGCAAGUGCAAUUUGUACGGCAGGUACUUGUUUAUAUUAAACAUUGUGUAAAAUAGAUGUUUAUUUAUUUUGAGCUGUGUUUUACAACUAAACAGGUGAAUGAAGGGUUGAAGCCCGUUGUAUAUAUUGGCGGGGGUGGGGGGGUGUUGAGCAUCAGUCUGUUUCUGGCUUUCCAUGCUAUUGUGAGGUGGUGCUUUAAAGUCUGUGAAAAUAAAAAGGAAGUUUUAUUGUGUUGUUUUAUUUCCUGAGAAUGAUCAUUGCCGUAGUAAAAUUAUGUCUGAAAUACUGCUAAUUCUAUACUUGGCUCAUGUAUUCUUAAAUCUUUUAAAACGUUGACAAUAAAACAGACCUUUUCCUUAAGCAGCAAGUCAUUUAGAUAUAAACCAGGAUGGGAUGUUAAAUAGCUCUCUGCUGACUGGACUGCUGAGAACAGCUGGAAUCUGAUGAUAAGCCACAAAAAUCUGAUUUUUAAACUGGGGAUUUGAACUGUUUCUAUGUACCAAGGAUUUUCACUUCUUUUUCACCCUGAAACUAAAGCAUACCUGGAAUUCAGCCAUUAUUUGCUUUAUUAUUCAGGCUACACGUGCAACCCAUGCUGCUUGUUUUUCAUGUUGUGGCAUAUGACAGCAUAACCUGUGUUUAGUUGAUCAGCUUGUGAAAAAAUACAUUUGUAUCACA